AUGGCUUGCAAAAUCAUACUCGUAACUAGGGCAAAUAGAGGUAUACACACCCGCCGUCUCAGUUUCCUUAGUCUUUCGGAAAGAGCAGGUGUCAAGAAAAGUGGCAUUAGCUUCGCCAUCGUCCAGGCUCUUUCGAUCCGCUUCCCCCAGCAUACCUACCUUCUUGGCGUCCGCCCCGUUCCCUCCGGAGAAGAAGCCAUAUCUUCCCUCCAAUCCCUCAGUCUCACCUCAACAUUUGCCACCAUCGAAAUCAACAUCACAGAUGACACCUCGGUCACAUCCACCGCAUCUCAAGUCAGCGAACGCUUCGGCCACCUCGACGUCCUGGUAAAUAACGCCGCAAUCAAACCAGAUGCCCCCGACUUCAGAAUUUUCUUCAACCAAAUCCUCGACACAAACGUUACCUCCGUCGUCCAGGUCACGCAAGCUUUCCUAUCUGCUCUGCACGCCUCUCCCUCCAAAAAACCCCAGGUCAUAAAAAUCUCCUCGGCUCGUGGCUCCAUUCACCAGCAGACGAACAACGCACUCCCGCCCACGGCGUCGAUUCCGUAUUUAGUGAGUAAGACGGCAUUUAAUGUUACAAUGUUGGAGAUGGGGAAAUUGGAGCCAGGAGUCCUCCUUCAGGCGGUGCGUCCAGGACAUUGUAGGACAGCUUUUAAUGGGUUUAGGGGGACGAAGGACCCGGCCGAUGGGGCAAGUGUGGUGGUGGAGCUUGUGGAAGAUGAAUGGGGAAGGUGGGGAGUGGGGUUUUGGGAGGUUAAAGGGGAGUGGGGAGUGGAGAGAGUGCCUUGGUGA